ACACGGAGCAAGGCCUCGGCGCCAUAGACAGGGACAACCGUGUAAAACACGCAUACUAUUGGCGCGUGACGCGUUUCGUUGCCACCUCGAAUCUCAAAGAGCAGAUGUUGAGAUCGAGGUGUUCUUUCAUGGAGGAGACAGAGAGCUGCUGUACACGGAUCAACAGGCAGCCCCAUACCUUCGCAUCUCGAGCGCCUGAAACAGCUGUGCGAAUAUUCGCGCUCAGCGAUCGGCCCUAAAUACUGGCCAACAUCUGCGCAGGUCGCAGCACUCACACCCGCCACGCGACCAUGGAUUCGACACCUCCACCCGCAACGGCUGUAAACAGCCGAGGGGCCCGCUCCUUUUUCGAGCGCGAGCGGGAGCGCCUCGUCACAGAGAUCUCCGAUGGCAUCGAAGUCAUCAUGUCCAACUCCAACACACUCAACCGCAAGCUCGAAGAAUCCAUCUCCGUCGGCAAAGAAUUCGAACCGAUCGCAGAUUUGUGGGGGCAGUUCAGCAACGUCAUGACACGCGCGGGCAUACCCGACUUGGUCGCCGAAACAGCCGCAGCAGCGGCCGCGACCGCCGCGUCACCUUCAUUCACAUCAGGGGUAGCAGAAUCGGGGGCAGCCGCGGGUGCUUCAUCAGGAGACGCCACACACCCAGAUACGGCCUCGGACCAAUUCAGACGGUCGGCCGGAGCUCCUGGAGCCGAUGCGGACGCAGCAGAGGGAAACGAGGACGGCAGGCGAAGUAGGCAGGGACACGGUGCUUUCGGAGAGGAGGACACGCUGAAGCGCAGUCUAGGCGGCACCGGCGACCUGCUUGGCAUGGACGACUUGCCGCCGGGUGUCAUACCUGGCGGUGGCAUCGUCUAUGGGAGAGAUGCUUGACGGCCGAUUUUCUCACUGGUGCUCCGUAGCCACGACAGGGUGCAUCUUAUUGUAUACUAUUGUAUUUCCCCUGGUCCUCAGCAGACACACAUCG